AUGCAAAAGUUGAAGGUUCGAGGAGCGGAAAAGGAGUUCGCUUGCCAAGUUUUUCCGAUAUUUUCCCGCGAAAUUCUCGGAUCGGAUCUCGAGUUGAGAGCUGGUUUUGGCAAAGGAUUUAUUUCGACUACACAUGUUUUCUUCUACUCAUCAUCAUCGUAUGAUGUCAAAUCCAAGAAUCGAUUGAGUAUUUACGAGUAUCUGAAAAUGAUUAGUCACUCCCCAAGUAUUUCCUGGAUGUUAUUUCUCUAUAAGAUGGAGGGCAAAAUUAUGAGCAUUCAUCUAGAUAUCCAACGACAUCACAUGGUUCAAUACUACGACUCUUUAUCAAAACAACGACAGCGAAUGCCAAUAACAAUGCAACUUUUCUUCUAA